AUGGAGCCCCACGGCCGCCCCUUACCCCCACCCACCUUACCGCUUUCUCGCGUUACGCUGCUGAUGAUGACUGGAGCCACAGUAGAGUACUGCGGACACGGAAAGUACUUCCAUGACAGUCGCUGCUGCCUGCUUUGUCCAGCAGGUACAUAUGUUGCUGAGCACUGCAGUGCUCCAAAUUCAAGAGGAAGAUGUGCCCCCUGCAUGGAAGGAGAGACUUUUACUGCCCAUGAGAACGGCCUGGAAGGAUGCUUGCCAUGCAGGGAGUGCAAAGAUGAUCAAGUAGUUUUGAGACCCUGUACUGUGACGCACGAUACUGAGUGCCAGUGCAGACAAGGGUACUUCUGCCCUGCCGAGGGCUGUGAAAUAUGCCAGAGGUGCAGUACAACGUGUCCAGAAGGGAAAGAAAUUGUCCAGAAUUGCAAUGCUACCACGGACCUCAGAUGUGGCUUACCUAAGCAAGGAAGCACACUUCAUGUCUGGUUUAUUGGGCUUGGUUUGGGUGUUGGUGUUUUGUUGCUGUUAUUGGUAAUUCAAAAGCUGAGGUGUGAUAAAGCUGUUUCAACUGCUAAAGAUCCAGCUGUUUCAACCGCUAAAGAUCCAGAGAAAGGUCUGGAGCCUGAGGGCAGUACUGAAACCCUCAUCUUACCAGAAGUGAAGGCACCUGCACAUAACUCAGCCAAUUCAGAGGGUGAGAAUGCUGGUGAGACCCCAGAGGAACAAGUACAAUUCAACAUUAACUUGGAAGCAAAAACUAUGUUGCCAGAGGAAAACAGCAUUCCUGAGCGAGGCACCUGCCUGCACGGGGUCUGGAGGUGCCAUGUGGAAAGGUGCUUGAAGAGGAUCACUCGGCCUUUGCUACCCGCCAGAAUGGGGCAGAAUCCUGCAUACCAUCAGAAUGCUCAGCCCAACCUACCAAGUCGUGGGGUGCCAGCAACUUGUGUGAUACAAGAACCACGGUGCCAAAUAAUUGUUAAAGAUCUCUCUCGAAAAGAACUGAGAGAUUGCUUCUCGACCUUUAUAAAGGAAGUACCACUAAAGAAAUGGAAACAGCUUAUGAGGACUCUCCUGCAUGAAAAUGAAAUUGAUAAAAUUAUUUAUGAUUUUCCUAAUAAUAAUGAAGAGCAAUCUUAUCAGAUGCUUCUCUCUUGGAAAAACCAUCUGGGAGAGAAACAAUCUAUUAUUAAGUUACUAGAUGAGUUACGGUCUCUAGAUAUUAAGGCUUAUGAUAACAUAUUGAACACUCUAAAAAAUAGUAACAUUAUAAGUAAAGCAGAAGCUACUGAUUAAUGUUUAUGAUGAGCUUUUAAAGUGCUACUGUGUACAUACCUAUGUCUACAAACUUCCUGUAAAUGGGGACGUCUACCAACUUCUAGUAGAAGUGGUGUCACGGACUUGCUAUCCUCCUCACCUUUGCAGGGGGAGCUGGGAGUGAUUUAACAGCGGCAGCGUUGACGCAGACUCCGGUUGUGCAGCUCGCUAAGGUCUUUUGAGUUGUCAGGUAUUGAACUGGGGUGCCAGAUGCCCACCUGAGAGCGAGGAGCUCCAGCUCACGCUUCCCUUUGUGUGAGGCAGGACCGCGCUGUUCGAGCCCAGGAAGCGGGAACAAAGGCUCUUUCUGAGAGGGCUGUGGUGCUUUGUUUUCUGAAACGAUUGUGUUCGUUCUGUAUCGGUACGCUCUCAGAGAUGUUAUGUUUGAAGCAUAGCAAUAAAAGCCUGGU